GCCAACAGUGGCCGAGACAAUCUUACCUUUUGUGAAUGGAGAAAAGUAAAAGUGGUAGACCGCCUGGUAAGCUUGCAAUUCAAGUAGAGAAUCCGUUCGCUUUGAAGGUGGGCCAAGUUUUCACUGGCUUUGGCAUCGGUUGUGGUGUUGGCAUCGGCGUCGGACGCCCUUUAAACUUGGGUGCAAUUCCUGCAUUGCAGCAAGUUAUGAGUGCCACCAGAGGUGCAACAGAUGCUUUGUCUGGUGUCGGGAGCCAUGUCAAUAGCACUUUGAGAAGGUUGGGAGCAAAGAAUAUUGAAGCUGGUAUUGGUUGUGGAGUUGGUUUUGGUCAUGGCUUUGGAGUUGGCCUUGCUGUAAAGCCUGGUGUUAUGCAACAUAUUCAAUCUUGUUUUGGAGAAGCAAUGGCAAGCUUGAUGCUGAAGUUUGGGAUUGUUCCUGGCUUACAAGUUGGUCAGAAUGUCCUCCUGGGUUCCUUGCAAAAUAACAUGAGCAUGGUAGGUGAGACCUCAAUACAAAAUCCAAUUGUAAAUAUCAUACAAUCAGCAUCAAAAACCGUGGAACACACUUCUCAAGGCUUAUCAAGGGUGGGAACUAAGUACGAAGCUUUUACAUCUAAAGGAGCUUCAGUGGAUACAUUCCUUGGCACUCAGUCAGAAAAAGUUGUCAGCAGUUUCUUGCAGAAUGAAUUGGCUGGGCGCUUGCGUUCAGAAAACAAUGUUCUUCAAAUGGUAUUGAAGCAUCAACAAGUUAUUGAAGAGCUAAUGGAGGAAAAUGAAAAGCUUCGUCAGAUACUAGUGGAAGAACUGAAAGUUCCACAUAACAAGCUCCAAGUCAGCAACUCAAGAAUUAAAUCUCUCAGCCCAUGUUCUGAUUGCUUUGAAUGUCGCAGAAGACAAAGAAAACUAAAAUGAAUAUAUAAUUAAUACUUUGCCAAGUACCAACACUGCUUGCAGUUUUAGUUCCAGCAUUGACCUUAAUUUUCUUGGCUAAUACGCACAUUCGACCUGCAGUCUGGACUUCUGUGUUAGUACACACACUCAAGGUCAG